UUGAAUUUUAUUUGGUUUCUAGUGUUUCUACUUUUUAGUUGUUUCUUUUCUUUUUUUUCCAGGUUCAAGCAAAUAAGAAAUGGAUAAAAGCUUCAACUUCAGUGAUUUGUUGCGGAUGCAGACACAUGAGAAUAAACAUAAAGUGAAACCUACACAAUUCAUAAGCGUAGCUGGCGGGGUAAAAAAACGCUUGGAGACUAAUAUAAAGAACAAAAGGUGGACUAGGUUAACAAAUUUCGAUAAUUUUAGAAAUUUACCAAAAUGUGAGACACCAGUACGAGCCCCACUAAGCAAAGUGGAACAGAGAAUGAUGCAGUUACAGAAAUGGAAAGUUGAAAAGGAAAAGAAGAAAACUGAGGCCAAUGCUCAGAAAAGAAAGCCAUUUCUAACAGGUGUACCGAAGCAUACUUUAAAAUUUGAACCUCCACCUUCAUUUUCUCGACCCAGUUCAUCAGGAAGGGUGACUAGGUCACAGUCAACAAGAAAUAAGGUCACCAGUAAUGAAAGAGAAAUACAAAAUGCAUUUAAAUUUGCACCCAAGAAUGCUGCUUUUAAUCCAGUUCUAAAAGAUCUACCUAUGCCGUCUUUAUCUGCUUUUGAGGGGGAAAACGCUGGGCCUCUUAAAAAUCAAAAAAUAAAAAGUCCAAAAAAUGCACCAAAGCCAGUGUUGAGGAGCUUACGAAGCAGAACUAAGUUAUCUGAAAACACAAAUGCUGCUUCAAGUACAAAAGAUUUAAAUCUGAGAAAAAAUCCUGUACCAAAGAAAACCAUAAGAAAACCAAUGUCAGAUACAAAUGGGACUAAAUUAAAACCAAAAAAUAGUUCAUCAAGUGGUUCUGACUCAUAUGAAAAAGAAAUUUUGGUGCCUAAAGUUAAAAGCAUUACAAAGUCUAAUAAAUCAGUAAAAGAAAGAAAAUCGAUUAACUCUACAAAAAAAGAAAAUAAAAAUAUAUCUGCUAAUACUGAUAAAUGUAACAAGUUGAAUUCUUCUACUAGUACAGAAUCAGAGGUUGAGAAUCCACCAAAUACACAAAAGACUUUAAAAAUAGCUUUAGUAAGAAUGAAAGAAACCCUAAACACAUCUGUAAAUACUGAAAAUCUUAUUAAUCUAUCUAAUUACGUAUCUAGUAUGGAAACAGAUGUUGCAAAACCUCCUCCAUCUACACCUAAAAAUCCAAGAAGAUCCACUAAAAAUAUGAACACACCAAACAAACCCAAUAAUACUAUGCAAGAUUUCAUCACCUUUACACCUAAGAAUCCAGUACCGAAAAGUGAAUCAAGUUCAGAAGAAAGGCUGCGGUCCCCAAAGUCUACAGAUGCACCUAUGACACCUCAACAGAUUACCGAGGAGGCGAAGAAGAUAAGCCCUCGUGUUUAUUUAUCCAGAGGGAAGGAGAAUGCGAGGAAGGAGAUGAAGAAAAAGAUAGAUGAGGGAUUACUGGAUGACGAUGCAUGUGAUAUGAGUGUGGAUCACUUCAGAAAACAGCUGGAUUCUGAGAUCAAGAGGAUGUCAGAGAUGUGCGACACUUGGGACAAAAUUAACGAACAGACAGUGUUACCAGAUGAAGUUCAGGAGGCCGUGUUGGCGGCGGUGGGGCAGGCGCGGCUGCUGAUGUCGCAGAAGAUGCAGCAGUUCGCGUCGCUGGUGCGGCGCUGCGAGCGGCCCGAGGCGGGGCAGGCGCUCGUGACCCGCGGAGACCUGCAGGGCUUCUGGGACAUGGUGUUCAUGCAGGUUGAAGACGUGGACAUGCGGUUCAAGAAGUUGGAACAGUCUCGCGCCCGCGGCUGGCUGGACGAGCAACCCGUGGCGGCCGCGGGGCCACAGAAGAAAAAGCCGCCACAACCAAAACCGCCCGUCCGCGCCUCUCGGCUCGCAGCCAGUAACCACUUGAAGGACGUCAUUGCUGCGGCCCGGCGGGCAAAGAGAGCCCAGCAGCCCAACACCAAGACCUUCGAGGCGGGCUUCUUCUGCGUGCAGUCGCCGGUCAAGUCGCCCGCCACGCCCGCCGCCAAGCCGAGCCUGCUAAAGAGCGUGCUGUCCAGCGAAGCCAAGAAGGCCUCGUCUAAAAAGAGCUCCAUUGCGAUGCUGCGGGCCUCCUCCAUUGGCAAACACAUGGACAGCGAAGACUCUUCGCCAUUUGAGGCAAGUGUCGUGCCACUAACUCCCAUAAACUAUGGCGCGACCCCGGGGAAGAGUAUAUUGAAGUCGAAUAACAAUACUGCUACUAAAGCAUCUAGCAAGAUUUCAUUUAAAUUGUUCCCCGACAAUGACAUUAAUGCAGACUCCACUCAAACUGAAGAAGAUAUUGUUCUAUCCGAUGCCCAGAAAUCAGAAAAUUUGGAUACUACUGAUAUUUCCCAGAACUCUGUAACUUUAAACUCUGAGAAGCUAGAGAAGUUAAAAAUAUCUGCGAGUUCACCGAGUCGCCUGGACAGUUCCGUAUCCAUGGACGCAGAUAAGGUUGAAGAAGGAAAGGAGAACAGACGUACUUCUAGAAGGAAAUUGAAAUUGGAACGUCAAGACGCCGUAGAAGAAACUACUCCAGUGAUGACCAGAAGUAGGAGGAAGACCAUACAAACCCCGGCCAGUGAAAACUUGGAUAUUGCUCGUUCUUCUAGAAGGAAGAAGACCUUGGUAGAAGUUAAUGAAGUGAAGUUACCUGUGACUCCAUCCACUACAAGGUCCAGGAGACGAGUUUGAACGAUAUUUUGACAUUUACUGUGAAUAUUUUUGAGUGUAAUCUCAAAGUAUGGCCAUAUAGAGGCAUACUUUUAUUGUUAUUUAUUUUAUUGCAUAAAUAGAUAAAGAGAUGGUUGGAAGCUGAGGAGGUCAUUCUAAUGUUUGUGAAAUACAAGUUAUCCUUUAGAACCAAUCCGAUCUGGCCACUAAAGUUUAAUUAGAACGUUUAAAUUUGUAAAUCUAUACUAUUAACUUUCUUUUAUCGAGCGCUUUCUUUAUUUAUCCUACUAUCUCUGAGGACAGUUUUUUAUAAUACUUAAGACAAAAGUCUGAAUAUAUGUGUCGAUGAAGCAUUUUCUUACCUUUUAAUGAAAAGUAUGUAUUUCAAAAAUGAAACAGAAAAAAAACAUGUGCUUAAAAUGAUUUAUUAUUCUUGAAAUAUUUUUAAAUCGUUUUUGAAACAGAAAGGUAUGUUUGUGAAACAGAAAUAAAUAUGUGCUUAAAAAUGAUUUAUUACUCUUGAAAUAUUUUGAAAUCGUUAUAUCGAAAUAUGAUUAAUCUUUUAAAUUCACUAAAUUGUACUAAAAAGUUUUUUUAAGAUAAAAAAAAGUAAGAAAACUAAUGACCAAGCGAUGCUGCCAUUUAAAAAAUAAAGUAACCCUGUUACUUUAUAUUAAUAAUAUUAAAAUAUUAUUUUUAUUGCUUAUUAUAAAGGAACAAGGACAAGAAAUUUGUAACUUUUAAUAUUUUUAUCAAGUUGACCAAGAAUGUUUAGUUAUAAAAAAAAAACAAAUAAUGUUAUAUAAGUAGGUUGGUUGUAGGUACUACCACUUUUAAAAGUUACAUCGACAAUAUCCGUUAGUCUAGAAAGAAGUAACUCUAAUGAAAUAUAGACCUUGUUGCGUAAACGUUAAGAUGUGAAAUACAAUACGCAACACCCAAUAGCGGAUGAUUGAGAUUUUUCGCGCGUAAAUAAGUUGCGUUGUGAUUGGUUGAAAUAUUUUUGCGAUUUACACACUAGCGAUAAUGUUGUAAUUAAUAAAAAUGAUAGUAUAAUAUUGUACGCGAGGGUGCGUUUCUUUGAGCUGAGUGGCGACUUGGGAAGAACUGACAUCGCACUAGUUUCUACACUUGUCGAUUUAUUUAAAUAGAUUUAUGUAAAAUUGUGUUUCACGGCCAUUCAGUGAACCUGAAUGUAAAUUGGUGUACAAUUCUUCGGAGAAAUCUUGUUUUUCAUGGGCACUUCUAGUAUAUUGUUGAUUGAAGGCUUUUAUACAUUUUUUUAUGAAAGACUGAUAUUGUGAUAAGAUUAUCACUUGUCAUAUACCCCAUAAUCUGUUAGGUAUAUUCCUGGUUUCCGGUAAUAUAUAAUCUUCGCUCAGCUCGACUCUGCUUCAGCUGAAACUAAUAGAUAUAGCAAAUUGUGUAUGUUGAGUACAACCAUUUAAUUUGAGCGUGUGAUGUGCCUUAUUAUAAUUGCGAAUUAUGUUAUUUUUUUAAUAAAAGAAAAUACUACAUGUA